GCCAGGGUAUUCUUUUUGUUUUUACGCAUCAUCGUUCCUGUUGACUGAGGGACGACUAGGCGUCUUGAACCGCACGUAAAACGUGUUGCAUCACCGCGUCCCCUCUUCACAAUGAACAUCGGUCGAGAUCUGUAUGUCGAGUGCUGCCAACGCCACGGUGUGAAGCCUAACGGCGACAUACAGGCCCAGAUCAACUCCGUUGAUUUUCUCCAUCUGAGGCUGCUCGACGCCUCGCACACCUUCCUCGGCCGGCUUGGCGUACUCGCCGUCUUUUCCUUUGUACGGCAUCACCAAAGCGUGGAGGAGGUCCGUGUGCCGCACAACUGCGUGGAUGACACGUGCAUGGAGCUCCUCGCCAGUAUCGUCGCUGAGGGGCACGCCAAUCUGCGCAGCGUCGACGUCUCUGGCAAUCCCAUCUCGACGCCCGCACUGCGGCGGGUCUGGGCUGCGGCCCGAUUCAACUCGCGCUUCAUACACCUCUCGCUGGAAGGCUGCGGCGUGCCGGAGGAGUGGGUUACCCGCAUGGAUUCCACGCUGCGCUCAAAUGAGGCGAUGGAGACGUUGGGCUACAUUCCACACGGCAUUCCCCGCAGCCCGCAGUCGUGGCACACGGUAUUUCUGCUCACGCUGGGCACACCGGAGGCGGUACAGGAGUACUGCGAGGAAUGCCUGCCCAUGGUGAACACGUUUUUGGCUUCCAUGCGGGUUCGCGUCGCCGCCCUCAGCGUGAACGCGACGGACACGGUGGAGCAGGUAGAGGCGAAGCUGGCGCGCUGCCAGGAUCCCUCCAACCAUCAGCUUACCUGGUGUGUGGUGUUACUCGGCGCGGAGCCGCUGCUGAAGCGACAGCAGUACGCGCUCGAGAAGGUGCUGCUGCAGAAGGCGCCACCGCGGCUGCCGUUGCGCGACAAGACGGGUGAGCUCCGUCCGCCUACCUACCGCGCCGCGCGGGCCUGCUUCUGCUACACCCCCGUCUCGUGGGAGAUGUCGAACCGCGCCAGCGACGCCGUGCAGCCAGCGCAGUGGCUUCGCAGCGCCGGAUACACCAACACCAGCGCCUACGACUCGCUGGUCGCCGCGGUGGACACGUCUGCAGUUGUCUUGACGCCCGGCAACCGUGUAGGCCGAUGGCAGAGUGACCUCUUCGCCUCUCUCUCCGUCGUGUUCAAGGAGAGCGAGGCGGCCGAGCGGUCCGACAUGGAGAUGGAAGCCGAUGAACUACUCUCGCAGGAGGGCCCGAAGCUCUUCUACACGAGCAUGGAUGAGGUCACCACGAUGCGCCGCUUCAUCUGGAGCGGCCGCUACCACCCAAAGAAAUCUACGCUCGUCUUCAACUACGCAUGUGGGCCCUACCGCGACAGCGGCUCGCCUUUUAUCCUCUACGGCGCCGGCAGCAUCGGGAAAGCCCACCUCAUCUGCAACGCGGCAAACAUGCUGCUGUCGGGGCAGGUACGCGAGGGCGGGGAGCGGCCGGCGCGGGUGGUGUGCUAUGCGGUGGACGUGCACCACAACAGCGUGGUGGUGUUCCUCUACCGCCUCCUGCACCUCUUCCAUCCGGAGAGCGCGCUCGAAUUCACAAGUGUGCAGACGUUGGCGGAGGGGGUGCGCGAUGCGAUUCGUGCCUACAAAGGACCGACCUUAGCGUUGCUGCUCGGCCGUAUUGACCUGCUCGACACGUGCGGGUGCCACAGCAGCGUGAUCGCGGCGUGGAUGCCCAACAUUCUGCCACCCGCCGUGCGCAUCGUUGUCUCGUUGAACACCGAGAGCCCCGUUCUUCCGCUGCUGCGCAAGCGCAUGCCGCAGCCCUUUGAGUGUCUGUGCCCGCCCAUGACGGAGCUCAACUGCGUGCGGGUCUUUUUUUCAGUUCUGCAAAUGCGCAACAUCGUGCUGCCCGGCGUGGAAAGCAGAGAGCUCAAGUCGCGCGAAGGGCUGGGGGCUGCUGAGAAAGCCUACCUGCAGAAGGAGGAGGCAAUGACUCUCCUGUACCCCUACCUCGCCUCCGCCUACGUGCACUUUCUGCUGGUGACGGGGCGGCACGUGGAGUCGGAGUUCGAGACGAAUCAACUCCUUGAAUCGGCGCUGCCGCCCACUGUCCGGGAGCUCAUUCAAGCCCUACACGACAAAGCGGCAGUGCUGCAUCCCGUCGUGACGGUGGAGAUGUUGCUCGUCGUCGUUGCCCUGGCGCCGUUGCCCGCGUCGGAGCUGGUGUACCUGUGCGAGGAGCUCGGGCCCUGCCCGCGGCAGACCGCCCUCUCCGCCCUGCUGCUCCUAACGGACUUGGGACUCAUUGCGUGGUACCACGACGCCACCGCCCACGUCGCCCACCCCGCCCUGCGAGACCUCUUCCUAGAUCUGUACAAGCCCCGCGUGGCGGAGCUCAGCGUGCUGCUGGAGUCGCACCUUUACCGCCUCGUCAUCACCGACAGCGCGGAGGUGCCGCGAGCGUCGUGGUACUUGAUGCCGUUGAUGUUGGGGAACGGCAACAUGCGACAGGCCGCGCAGCUGCUGCGCAACCCGGUGCUGAUGGACGCCAUUCUCCGCCGCGGACCGAUGCAUCGACUGUACACGCUGGAUGCCUUUAUGCGCCUCCUGCAGGCCCGCGUUCUGCUGUGCGAGGUCGCCGCCGUGGGUGGGCCGCCGGUGCCGGGUGUGAUGGCGGCAGGGCCCCUCGUCAGCUGCCUGCACGACGUCGCGCACUACACCACAGACCUCUACCAGACAGCGCUACUGCGUCGAUCGCCCUCGCCGUACGCGGCCGCCGCCGCCUCUGCCUACUGCGUCUCGCCGGUGCUGCUGCUCCACCCCCUCAACAACGGUCAGGAGAGCACGGCGGUAGCCACGGCACGCAUGGGAGACCCGUGCUUCUGGUGCCACUGCCGCGGCAGCCACGUCGUGACUGCAACGGACGACUCCGUCUUUGUCUACAACAGUGACCUCGGCAAGCCCAUCGCGGAGCUGCGCAUGCCCUUCGAGCGGCAGCAGCGCAUCACCGGUGUUCUCCUUGCCGCUGGAUCGCGGGUGCUGGUGGCGAGCGAGACGCAGGUGCUCGUGUGGGACUACGAGGGCAACUCGCACUUUCUCUUCGCGGAGUUGAGGAUGGAUGUGCGCUCGUCCGACCUGGAUGCCUUUGGGUCUCUCCUCGUCGCGAGUAACGCCUCUACAGACCAACUGUGCUUAAUCGACGUGCUCAAGAAGCGCAUUAUGCGCGAGAUGCCGGACAUAGAAGGCGGCGUGCGCCAGAGCGGCGUCUUCUGCGGCAACCACCUGCUGCUCAUCAGUCGGUGCUCCUUGUGCCUCUUUGAUGAGGAGAUGAAGGGCAGCGUGACCUUCACCCACGACAACCUCGUCAGCGCCGUGAGCAGCAACCGCGACGGACGCAUUUUGGUCUCGUACGCCGGGGAGCACCUGCACGUGUGGACGUCUGCCGGCGACCUGCUGCACCGCCUCGACGUGGGAUCGGAUCCGGUGGUGCUGCUGUGCAUGUCCGCCUCUGGCGCGCACUUCGCCACGAAACAAGGCUCGUGGCUGCAGCUAUGGAAGACGCUGACCGGGGCCCCGUGCUGCACCCUGCUGAACCCAUUCGCAGACGACGCCGACAUCGAGUACUUCGUCUUCACGGAGGACUCCGCGAAGGUUGUGGGACGGGCCGGUCCUUACGUGCUCGUGUGGGACGCGCACAAGGGACAGCUGAUCGGGGCAGAGUCCGCGCCGACGGGGCUCGUGGCGCACAUCGCCGUGAGCGGGCCAGACGUCUACGCGACGACGACCACCGGUGAGGUGCACAUGUGGUCUUUUGAGCGCGGGCUCUCCUCGGUCGACCAGGUGAAGGAGGGCCGCUGCACCACCAACUUCACCGUCAACGGCAAGGUCUCCAGUCAGGCCAUCGUACGCGUCUCGGCGAACCACGCCGGCACGCUGCUCGUCACGGUGGACGCCGCCCAUCAGCUUCGCCUCUACUCCCUCGUCACCGGCGCACCCAUCGAGCACGGCAUCCGCCGCGUAAAGGACGCCAUCGCGGUGGGCCCCAAUUUAGUGGUUUUCCUGCCCAUAGACUCGCAUGUGCUGUGUUUUUGCGACCUCGGCGGUGACAGUCAGCUGAUCACGCGUGCGCUGCCGAAGGACUCGCAGCCGGAUGCACAGUACAGACUGUUUGCGUCGCCCGACGAGCACUACGUCGCGGUCACCCACCACCACUUCAACCACAGUCGUGCCUUCAUCUACGAGACCGAAUCGGAUGAAGCGACCUGGUGUCAGCUGCUCGGCCACACCGGUAGCAUCCACGAGGUCAGCUUCUUCGGCAGCUUUGCGUUCACAGUAGGCGAGAAGGACAAGUCGGUGAAGCUGUGGAGUCUCGCGCGGAAGGCGGAGCGGACGUCCUACACCCACAACUGCCAGCUGGUGGCGUCGACCGGCAACGGGUCGGGGCUUCUGUUUUGUGUCGACGAAGAGGGCUCCGUGGUGCGGCUGCACAUUGACAACAUCGUCUCUGUGAAGCACGCCACACUCGUCGUCAGCAACUUAGCCCUGCGCGCAGCUCUCCCGUCUAUUUUGGCGAACAGCGUCCUGCAGCUGUGCUACUACAAUUCCUAUCUCAUCCUUGUUCGGGACAACGGUGAGCUGCUACUGGUGGACACGCAGCGGGAUGAGGUGGGUCAUCGUGUUGCCUUUCACGACUGCCGCUGCGCCUUUGUGACGAGCGUGAAGGAUGCGCCGAUGCUGCUGACGGGGCAUCGCAGCGGUCACGUGCUGCUGAACGCGAUGUCGGUCGUGGAGGCAAGCCUGAAGAACCGCACGUGA